AUGCCGCGGGCUGGGGUGGGGAGGAAGGGCGCUGUCGUGAUCUGCAACGCGCCUUUCCGCAACACUACAACGCGUCCCCACAGGUGUUCUUCUCGCUGCCUAGCUCCCUGCUACGUAUUCGAUGGGAGAGGAAUGGCUUCACCUGGAACUGAAUCCCCUGCUGGCGCUGCAUCAGCAGCAACAGGAGCUGCUUCUUCUGGUGCUCCUUUACUGAAAGAUGGUUCCCGUCGGCCCCUGACGUAUGCGGAGUUGUGCAAGGAUUCGCUGAGAGCUGUCUCCAUGGAAAACGGCCUGCAGUACAGCGCCAUAUACUGGGAGACUGGACACCGAACUUGGUUACCUUUUUGGGCUUCCUUUACGCAGAAGUUCACUUGGAAACUCAUUGAUGAUCAGUUACGCCGUUUCUUGGGUUUCACCUCUUCUGUAACAACUGAGCCAUUUGUCUUUUACUCCUCUCCGCGCACGUACAUGCGGCAGUACGUAGGAGACCCGGACGUACACCUGACGUCUCCUUUGAGUGUGAAGUGGCGUUUUGCUUUUUGUCCCACGGGCACUGAGACAUUUGAAGCCUACGAUCAGCAGGUGCAAGAAGCGCUGCUCGCGAAGGGAGCAGCAACGGGCACCCAGCGGCAAGAAAACAAACAAAAAGCCGUUCAGGCCAUCUUGAAAUGCGCACAAGAGGCAGACAAACGAUAA